GCUGUUUGACCUAAAAACCUCCCGCCUGUCUGAGCCCGGACUGCCUUUCAUCCUCCAGCUACUUUUUUUUUUUUUUUUAAAGACUUUUAUUAAAAUCAUAUUGUCUCUCUCUCUGCGCUCCUCGUGUCCAUGCGGGGCUGCCAGCGGCUCUUCCUGUAGCCGCCGCCCGGCCUCCCUCUCCCUCCGCCCGGGCAGCAUCCCAGCCGAGCCGCGGUGAGCUGGCCUGGCUCCGGGGGGGAGCAGCCGAAGCCGAAGCCGAGCCGGGGACAUGCCGCCGCCGCUGCCGGAGGACUAGACUCGGGCCUGGAAGCACAAGAUGUCGAGCCGGACGCCAUUGCCCACAGUGAGUGAGAGAGAGCCGGAAAAUCACAUGUCUGCAGACGGCGUCCCCGAGUCGGUGGCUCCGCCCCCCAGGUCCGCCAGCCGCCACAGUCUGCCCCGCAGCCGCGGCUCCGUGGCGUCGGCCGCCGACGAGCAGCCGCACGUCGGAAACUACCGGCUGCUCAAGACCAUCGGCAAGGGCAACUUCGCCAAGGUGAAGCUGGCCCGCCACACGCUGACCGGCCGCGAGGUCGCCAUCAAGAUCAUUGACAAGACCCAGCUGAACCCCACCAGCCUGCAGAAGCUCUUCAGGGAAGUCAGCGUGAUGAAGAUCCUCAACCACCCCAACAUCGUGAAGCUGUUUGAGGUGAUUGAGACGGAGAAGACGCUCUACCUGGUGAUGGAGUACGCCAGCGGAGGUGAGGUGUUCGACUACCUGGUCGCUCACGGACGCAUGAAGGAGAAGGAGGCGAGAGCCAAGUUCCGCCAGAUCGUGUCGGCGGUGGAGUACUGCCACCAGAAGAGGAUCGUGCACAGAGACCUCAAGGCGGAGAACCUGCUGCUGGACGCUGAUAUGAACAUAAAGAUCGCAGACUUUGGCUUCAGUAAUGAGUUCACGGUGGGCAGCAAGCUGGACACGUUCUGCGGCUCUCCUCCCUACGCCGCUCCUGAGCUCUUCCAGGGGAAGAAGUACGACGGGCCAGAGGUCGACGUCUGGAGUCUGGGAGUGAUCCUCUACACGCUGGUGAGCGGCUCGCUGCCCUUCGACGGACAGAACCUCAAGGAGCUCAGGGAGCGUGUGCUCAGAGGAAAGUACAGGAUUCCCUUCUACAUGUCGACAGACUGUGAGAACCUGCUGAAGAAGCUGCUGGUGCUGAACCCAGGCAAGAGAGGCAGCCUGCAGCAAAUCAUGAAGGAUCGCUGGAUGAACGUCGGCUACGAGGACCAAGACCUGAAACCCUACUCUGAGCCAGAGCCGGACUUCAAGGACAGCAAGCGCAUCGAGCUGAUGGUGACGAUGGGCUUCUCCGAGGAGGAAGUGAGCGACGCGCUGGAGGGUCAGAAGUACAACGAGGUGACGGCAACGUACCUGCUGCUGGGGAGGAAACCUGCCGAGUUUGAAGGCAGUGAGUCUUUGUCCAGUAGUAAUCUGGUUCAAAGGUCGCGACCCAGCAGCGACCUCAACAACAGCUCCAGCCAAUCCCCCGCCCACCCCAAGGUCACACGCAGCGCCUCGGCCACUCAGAAGCAGCGGCGUUUCAGCGACCACGUGGCGCCCUCCAUCCCCCCGGCGGUGUCCUACACCAAGCGUUACCAUGCCAACAGCGUGGAGGGCGACAGGAAGGAGGAGCUGGGCGACUUGCCGGCCUCACCCAUGGGGACCCAGGACCGCAGGAAGUCAGCAACAGCCUCAGGGAACAUGACUCGGAGGAACACGUAUGUGUGUGAGCGGACGAGUGCUGAGCGCUACUCAGCCAUUCCCAACGGGAAGGACAGCAGUCUAACUGAGGUAUCGGCGGGAGCAUCCUCCCCGUCGCCAGGGGCAACCGUCUCCUCCGCACGUCCUCGUCACGUUAAGUCCAUGUCAGCGUCGGGACAUCCGAUGAAGUCGCCGCUGCCGCCGAUCGACGACAACGCAGAGUACCAGAGCGCCCCCCACCCCCCCUCUGCCUCCCCGUCAGCCGUCAGCGUCAGCAGCAGCAGCAGUAGCGCCACGCCGGACCGGACCCGCUUCCCCCGCGGCUCCUCCAGCCGCUCCACCUUCCACGGCGGGCAGAUCCGAGACCGCCGCUCCGCCACCUACAACGGCCCGCCGGCCUCGCCCAGCCUAUCACAGCACACCACGGCGUCGCUGGCCACGCCCCGCCGCGGCACCUCCACCUCGCUCAUCGGCAAGAUCACCUCCAAGUUUGUACGCAGGAGCGGGUCCGGGGAGCCCAAGGAGGAGGCGCGGGACGGAAAGCCUCGCUCGCUGCGCUUCACCUGGAGCAUGAAGACCACCUCGUCCAUGGAGCCGGGAGACAUGAUGAAGGAGAUCCGGAGGGUUCUGGACGCCAACAACUGCGACUACGAGCAGCGCGAGCGCUUCCUGCUCUUCUGCGUGCACGGCGACGCCCGGCAGGACACCCUGGUCCAGUGGGAGAUGGAGGUGUGCAAGCUGCCCCGCCUCUCGCUCAACGGCGUGCGGUUCAAGAGGAUCUCCGGCACGUCCAUCGCCUUCAAGAACAUCGCUUCCAAAGUGGCCGACGAGCUCAAGCUGUGAACGCGACGGGAACGCCUCAGUCACGAGAGUUAACGCUGAGCGUUGAAAACACUCGGCGAAGGAAACGGAUCCGUUGUUCCUCGAUGCCCCGACAAGCGCCGGCCGUUGUCUUCAGUGUGUUCAGCGCCACCCGAGGCUAACUGCUGUAUGACUCCAUGAAAACAAACCCAAUGCAACACCACUCCAACUGAACGUGGCACUAAAUGUAUUCCAGUAAAACCAAAACAGCCCGCAGGUUGUGGACUGAAGUCAGAGGCGAGCGGCGGCGACAGCGGCAGUCGUGUUUUUUUUUGUUUUUUUUGCAGCGUUUGGAGUCUCACUGCUGACUCGACAGCUCUAUCCCUGAGGAAACGCUAUGCCUGUGACCUUUGACCUCCCACAGCCACGCCCAUUCUGCCCCCAGUGGCCGAUGCAGACAUGACCGGAGAAUCUCCAUCAUUGCAAUAAUAUUAUGAGCUUUGAUUAAAGAGAGACCGCAGAACUUCAUUUUUCCUCGUGUACAUUUGGGAGAACAGAAUGCUUUUUUUGCUGAGCUGAAUUGUUAAUAGAGCCUGUCCACUGGAUGUGUGCAGGUUUUGUAUAGUUUUGGUUUGUAUACAGAAAGUCUGUCUCAUUUGCAUCCUGAUUGUCCACAAAUUUUGGUUGUUUGCUCUGCUGAAGUUGCAUUGUUUGGGUUUUUUUUUUUAUUUUUACUUUUUUAUUAUCACAAGAGUAUGAAACCCUUAGUUUUUACUUUUCAUGACGAUUAGUUUUUUGUUUUUGUUUUUUUUUUCCAAUGCAGUAGCCAAUGCCGUCAGCCUUUCAGGUGAAACUGAAGCUCACACAGUCGGUUGGUAACGCCUUCGCUCUCAUUCACUGCAGGUUCAACAGAGGAGCAGCAGGUUGGGUGUUUCUGGGAUCAAAGGGCAGAGAAAAGAGUUUUUUUUUUCCCUACAGAUUCAAGAGGACAGAAAAUGAAAAUGUUUCUUAAUCAUCAGAAAGAUAAUUCACCCUGCUGCUGGUACAGGCUUUGGCUUGUUGCAUACAAACUGGAAUCAUUUCUAAAGGCCUAACGCACAAGUUCACCCAUUUUGAAACCCAUUUUGGACCAAAUUCUACCACAGAGCAUUCAUCAAACUCAAACUUUGUUUAGUUAGACAUUUGAGUGGAUUAAGGCUUUGCUGUGCGACAUGACAGCUGAGGGGUGGAGGUGAAAUAAUGUCACGUUUUUCAAAAUAGGUAAACUAUCCCUUUAAUCCUCCUCUGACAAAAGGAGGAUGACUGCCAUUAAAAGUCAGUUCCGUGGUUGCAGAUGUUCCUCUGAGCAGCGAGCAGCACAUCGCGCUGGUUUCCAUUCGAUCCGUCGGCUUUUAUUUGAGCAAAACUCAACUCACUCAAACACGCAGAUAACGUCAGUUCUGUGUGUUCGUGUGAUUCUCGUAUGGAAUCGCGUCGCAGUAAAAACCGGCCUGGUGUUUGGUCCGAACGCGGUAAAACUUCUCCGCUCGGCACUUUGACAGAUUCCUCUUGACACAACAUCACAUGGACUUUAUUGACUUGCUGUCUGUUUUCAAAACUCAACAAACUCUGAGUAGUCGGCUUUAUACUCCAUACAGACGUUUUUUUUAUUUUAUUUUAUGUUUUCUCACUCCGAAAAAUUAGCUUUUGGAUCUGGGUCUUAGGAAUCCAAAGGGACAUCACUUAUAGCUAGAAGUUUACUAACCAGUAAGCUAGCUAGCUAACGUUCCUGAUAAAUUCAGUGCAUGUGGUGGCAGUUAUGCAAGAAAUGGAAAAUCUUUAGGCCAGUGGUUCUCAAAUGGGGGUACGUUGGAGUUCUGCAGGGGGUACGUGAGAUUUACAACAACAACAAAAAAAAUCUGCAUAAUUCUUAAAAUAAUGAGGCUAUGCUAUAAUAAGUUACAUAAAAACUGUAAACGUGAGUUAAAUCACAUUUCAUCUUCAGUUUUCCCUCCUGAAGGUGUCAGGUGUGUGUUUGUGGUUUAGAUCUGCUGCUGUGGUCGUCGAACGAGGCAAAACAAAUAUUCUGAGGAAAAAACUCUGAAUUUCUGGGAUUGAAGUGGUAAAUUUACGAGCAAAACUUGCAAAAUUAUGAGGAAAAAAACUCGAAAAUUUGGAGAUUAUAAAGUCGCACAUUUACAAGAAAACCAAAUAGUGAAACUAGUUGUUCUCCUGUGGGAUCCAGUCAGAAGGAAAUCCUGCUGGUUUGAGCCCAGAAUCACAAUCUUCUCCUCAGCAUCUGGAGUUUUUUGUCUCAUAAAUUUGCGACUUUAAUCCCAGAGAAUAUCUGAGUUUUUUCUCACAAAUCUACAACUUUGAUCUCAGAAGAUUUUUAAUCUUGUGAGUUUGUUUUUUUUAUCUCUGAAAACCACCCGCCCCGCCCGGCCCUAACACGCCGUCGUACCCGUGACCCCGACUCUUUGCAUGUUGUGUCGGGACAGCUGUUGAGCGUGUCGAGCGGCUGCCUUGCUCAAAGUGACGUGUCGAUUCACUCAGUUUCUGUCGCAGGAUCCUGCAGGAAGGACACUGACACCGUCCCCACAGAUUGCCUCUUUUCCUUUUCUGAGGGCAGAAAUUUAAAGCUGGAAUUGUGUAAAACCAUGUCGCUGGAGGUGUCUUGCUGUGGUUCACAUGUUGGCUUGACUGUUGUUGUUUUUGUUUGUUUGUUUUUGGAACCACAGCGUGUCGGCGAUUGGUCGACAGAUUUAUUUUGGAAAGGAAACCACUGAACUUGAAAAUGUCAAAAAUGAGGCCCACAAAACUGAACACUGCAAAAACUCAAAAUCUUACCGAGAAUAUUUGUCUUAUUUCUAGUCAAAAUAUCUCAUU